GGCUGCUCUCCUCACCUGGGACUGUGUAUGGGAUAAAGGAUCGGGCUGCUCUCCUCACCUGGGACUGUGUAUGGGAUAAAGGAUCGGGCUGCUUUCCUCACCUGGGACUGUGUAUGGGAUAAAGGAUCGGGCUGCUUUCCUCACCUGGGACUGUGUAUGGGAUAAAGGAUCGGGCUGCUCUCCUCACCUGGGACUGUGUAUGGGAUAAAGGAUCGGGCUGCUCUCCUCACCUGGGACUGUGUAUGGGAUAAAGGAUCGGGCUGCUCUCCUCACCUGGGACUGUGUAUGGGAUAAAGGAUCGGGCUGCUCUCCUCACCUGGGACUGUGUAUGGGAUAAAGGAUCGGGCUGCUCUCCUCACCUGGGACUGUGUAUGGGAUAAAGGAUCGGGCUGCUCUCCUCACCGGGGACUGUGUAUGGGAUAAAGGAUCGGGCUGCUCUCCUCACCUGGGACUGUGUAUGGGAUAAAGGACUGGGCUGCUUUCCUCACCUGGGACUGUGUAUGGGAUAAAGGACUGGGCUGCUCUCCUCACCUGGGACUGUGUAUGGGAUAAAGGAUCGGGCUGCUCUCCUCACCUGGGACUCGGCGCCGAGCAGAACACUGGAUCCUGAGAGGAGCUGCCGGGAUCUAAUGGGCCGGCACAGGAUUGAAUGAUCCAUUGGAGGGGAAUGAGCGGCGCCGGCAGCAGGGGGUUAUGGGUACAGGCGCUGAGUGCUCAGUGCAAGAGCCGCUGUAAGAUGCCUUCACCGAGCUCCAUGUUCCUCUUCAUCACCUUCUCCCUCCCUGUUCUUCUGGCCCUGGGGACCCAAGGCUGCCCGGCCGAGUGUCGAUGUUACAGUAUGACGGUGGAGUGCGGCUCCAAGGAACUACGGAGCGUUCCGUCCAGUAUCCACCCUUCCACUCAGACCGUGUUCCUACAGGACAAUGCAAUCAGUCAGAUUCAGCAGUUGGACCUGUCCCCGCUCUCUGGGCUGCAGUAUCUUUACCUACAGAACAAUUCUAUCUCUGCCCUGGAACCCGGAGCCUUCAAAUCCCAGCAGCACCUCCUGGAACUGGCGCUGAAUGGGAACCGGAUCCACCUCAUCAACAGCAGCAUCUUCAAGGGGCUCGAGCACCUCCGGGUCCUGUACCUCGCGGGGAACCAGAUCACUCGGCUCUUGGCCUACACCUUCUCCGACCUGCAGAGGCUGCAGGAGUUGCACUUACAAGAGAACAGCAUUGAGACCCUACAGGACCAGGCCUUCUCUGGGCUUUCCUCGCUGGCGCUACUGGACCUGAGCAAGAACAAUAUGCGCACCAUUAGCCGCUCCGCCCUGCGCCCCCUAAUCAGUCUCCAGGUGCUGAGACUCACAGAAAACCCUUGGAGAUGUGACUGCGCCCUCCAUUGGCUCCGAGCGUGGAUAAAGGAUGAAGGACAAAGACUUCUCAGUUCUUUGGACAAGAAGAUCAUCUGCUCGGAGCCCCCCAGGCUGCUGCACCAAAGCUUGGUGGACAUUUCUGGAAACAGUCUGGUUUGUAUUCCUCCCAUGGUCCUUGUGGAGCCCAUGGAGGUGACGGCACGGCUUGGCGAGGAGCUGAGGGUCAGCUGCAGAGCUACCGGGUACCCCCAACCUCUGGUUACGUGGAGGAAAGUCUCUCAUGCCCGCACCGGGCCCCCCAAGAUCAACGUGAAGUCCACCAGCAGCAGGAAGUUUGAGCUGAGUGAGAGGAGUGUCGGGGAGCAGUUUGAUGCGGCCACCGGCAGUGGAAUGCUCUUCCUCAACAACAUCUCCAUGUCCCACGCUGGCAAGUACGAAUGUGUGGCCUCCAACCCCGGUGGGACGGCAAAGGUCCUGUUUCACUUGGCAGUCAACCUAUCCAACCAGCAGUCUCGCACCUACACAUCUGCAGACAUUAGCCAAGAGCCACUGUACGACUUGGAAAGCAUGGAGUUCAACGCGCUAAGCAUGGCCACCCAGACCGCCAUCGCCAUCGGAAUCUCCUUGUUGGCACUCACGGCCAUGCUGCUCAUUGUCAUGAUCUACAGGAAGCACCACAAGAGAAAAAAAGCCAAGAAGGAAGAGAACAUCUUAUACGUCAACGACUACUCUGACGGCCCAACCACCUUCGCCCAACUGGAAGAGUACAGGGACGAGCGAGGCCACGAGAUGUUUGUGAUCGACCGGAACAAGGCUCAUUUCCCCACCUACAAAGACACCGAAUGUCUCGACAGUAUUUCGGGACUCUCCGAUCUGACCGAGCAGCUCCAAGACCAAGGGACCCAAACCCCAGAGGAUGAAGCGGAGCGUCAGAUCAACGAUAUUUUCAUGAACCAAGGUUUCCUCUUCCAGCAGCAAAUUGCCUACGAGAUCCACUGCUAAGAGCCAUAAACUGACGAGACAUGGAGUUUUACUACUAAUUAGGUUUUAUAGGCUUAACGAAGGGUCCGGCAGCGCCAGUAUCUCCACAUUCUUCUUCUCCGUCUCUUUCCUUGUGCAUCUCCCAAAUAAAACCCACCACAAAACCCAA